AUGCCGAGCCGGGUAGGAUCAUCGAGAAUGGGUGUCGAGAGAACGGCCGGUAGAACCGGUGCGGGCAGGACUGCUCUCACGGGCACGCGCGCGCACGUGCGAGCGUGCCAGCUCAGCACGGAGAUCCACACACUAUUGGCCGUCAUGCGCCAGAGCUCCAAAUGGGCCGUCUCGCCGAUUUUCCUCGACGAGACGUCCGGCGCCGACGCGGAAGAUCCGCUUCUUCGCAAUCUUAAAGCCCUAAGGCAAAAGAUCGUCACCGAUUGGUCGGACGAGGACUGGGAGGCGGCUCGCGUGCCGCCGUCCGCGUACCUCGCGCCGUUUCUCGACGUCGUGCGAAGCGAGCGAACAAACACGAUUGUAACCAGCGUCGCAUUGUCGUCGGUGCUCAAGAUCCUGAAUCUGCAGUUUUUCGACGAGUCGACGCCCGGCGCGGCCGUGGGCAUUCACAUGGUCAUGGAUGCAGUCACGUCGUGCCGCUUCGAGGUCACGGAUCUCGCGUCAGAGGAAGCCGUGCUCGUCAAAAUCCUCCAGGUAACGUCUUUUGAGGCGACUCAGAAAGUGUUUUUUGAGACGCCGGGCGCAGCGGUGGGCAUUCACAUGGUCAUGGACGCCGUGACGUCGUGCCGCUUCGAGGUCACCGAUCUCACGUCGGAAGAGGCGGUUCUCGUGAAGAUCCUCCAGGUAACCGCCUCGCGUCUUAGGUAUCAUGGUAAGAACGUUGCGACGAAGCGGUUCUACUCCAGAUCCUCCAGGUAA